CCUUGUCCCUCCUAUAUAUAGUGAUAUUUUUUAUCAAUCACCAUCAUUCUCAAUACAACUCAGCCUAUUUGCAGAGAUGAGGAGGGCUACCAACACUGAAGAGAACGACGAUGACGAUGAUGGAAUCCAAUUCUAGCAUGAAUCCUCUUCAUGGAUUUUUCGACAUUGAAUCAAUGAGUCACCAUGUUUUUUGCAUGUUUUGUGGUUUUACUGCAACAAGAAAAGACGGAAGGUCUGAUUCACAUGGAAAGGGGACAUUAACUCUUUUUUAUUCCUUUCCUACGAUGGUAGCCUUGAGCUUUCUCGUCUCUUGUUGCAAGUUCAACCCAUUGCAUGUCGAUCGUAUUUAUCCUUUAAAGUACGAUCAGAAUUAUCUAGGAGGUUCAUCAGCAGGUCUUUCGCUAGUUUUUGGCUGACCAGUCACAAGUUUGGGCACCUGCAAAAUCUCCCGGAGAUGUACAAAUUUACAGCUGAAUCCUGAGCCUUCUUUGGGAAGAAGCAUGAAAACUUCUAAGUAAUCACAGUUUUCAGUAGCAACAUUCAUCUCUUGAAUUGAUCGUAAGGAUAGAAGGAUUGGGAAAAGACCCGUGAGAAGAACAACAGUGACAGACCAACUUUAAUAUGGGAGAUAUGGGAAGAAUUUAACAAAAUAAUAAGUAGAUGCCUUGCAUAAUGAUUUAGACUUAGACUGUUAGACAAUCAGAAGGAAUUAAUUUGUAUGGGAUGAGAGGGGGCUUUUUUUUGGCCAUUAGCUUCAUUGUGUAAAAUGUAAACUGGCUUAGUAAUAUGAAU